CAAGCAGCUGGCGGUGGAGCUCACUUUUAAAAACACACACACACACACACACACAUACACGCACGCACAGAAUCCCACAAGUGAGAGACACAUUACCCUGGAUUUUACACUUGUGAAGAUCAAGUGGAGGGAAGCAAAGAUCUUUCCACAAGGAUUGACCUGCUCCCAGCCAGAGGAUGCUUUUUUCCUAGUUUUUGCAAGCUGCUUGGUGGAUUUGGUGUUGCCUCAAAUUAUUUGUUCAAGAAAUUAUAUCACAAAGCAGCGUGUCUGUGUGUUUGCGGAGGGGGAGACAGGAGAGCCAGAGAAUGCUAUCACAAGUCUUGAGGAUUUUGAGUGUCUUGUCUUUUUGCUUUUUUCAAGACAGCUUUAUCAGACCAGGAUCCUGCAAGGAGGAGAUCAAAUCAGCCAGCAGGGCAGCCUCCCAGCCCAUGUCCCCGUCCGACUUUCUAGACAAACUCAUGGGAAGAACCUCGGGAUACGACGCCCGCAUCAGACCCAACUUCAAAGGUCCACCUGUUAAUGUCACCUGCAACAUCUUCAUCAACAGUUUUGGGUCUGUCACAGAAACCACAAUGGAUUACCGUCUGAACGUCUUCCUACGACAGCAGUGGAACGACCCCCGGCUGGCGUACAGUGAGUUUCCGGACGACUCCCUGGACCUCGACCCUUCUAUGUUAAACUCCAUUUGGAAGCCUGAUCUUUUCUUUGCAAAUGAGAAAGGUGCCAACUUCCAUGAGGUAACCACGGAUAACAAGCUGCUGCGCAUCUUUAAGGACGGGAACGUGCUCUACAGCAUCAGGCUGACUCUGAUUCUGUCCUGCCCUAUGGACUUGAAGAAUUUCCCUAUGGAUAUUCAGACCUGCACCAUGCAGCUUGAAAGCUUUGGUUACACGAUGAACGACCUGAUCUUUGAGUGGCUGGAUAUCAGUCCCGUGCAGGUGGCUGAGGGGCUCACUCUCCCCCAGUUUAUUCUGAAAGAUGAAAAAGACCUGGGCUACUGCACCAAGUACUAUAACACAGGUAAAUUCACCUGCAUUGAGGUGAAGUUUCACCUGGAGAGACAGAUGGGCUACUACCUGAUCCAGAUGUACAUCCCUAGCCUGCUCAUCGUCAUCCUGUCCUGGGUCUCCUUCUGGAUCAACAUGGACGCAGCUCCAGCGCGGGUUGGCCUGGGAAUCACCACCGUGCUCACAAUGACCACCCAGAGCUCAGGAUCCCGGGCCUCCCUACCCAAGGUGUCCUACGUGAAGGCUAUCGAUAUCUGGAUGGCUGUGUGUCUGCUUUUUGUGUUUGCGGCCUUGCUGGAGUAUGCAGCCGUAAACUUUGUAUCCCGACAGCACAAAGAGUUCAUGCGGCUGAGAAAGAAGCAGAGGCGACAAAAGAUACGACAGCUAUAUGCAUACGGGCAGGACAGAGCUGCAGUUCCUUUGGACAGAAUAUUUACUGUGAUUAAAGAUGAAGACCUGGCUCGUCAAAGUCGUGGCUUCUACUUCGGAGGCUACGGACUGGGACACUGCCUGCAGGUGACGGACGGCACCGCGGUGGAGGGGGCCACCAUCUUUGCCCCCCCGCCGCCCCCUCCCCUACCCAAGGACACCGAGGCUAUCCGCAAAAAGUUUGUGGACCGGGCCAAGCGCAUUGACACAAUAUCCCGGGCAGUCUUCCCUUUGAGUUUCCUCUUUUUCAACAUUUUCUACUGGAUCACCUACAAAGUGCUGCGGCACGAGGACAUCCACCAGGCCUUGUAGGAAACACUUAUUUUCUAACCAAAACUGCCUGUAAGACUUCAAAGAAAAAUAUUUGAUUGUAUUUUCUGCUAAGACAACCCGUGCAGUGUGUGAUAGAACUAAGUGCCCUGAAAAAAUCUACUCUGAUUUGAAAGUUUUGUUUUUUUUUUAACAGCAACUUGUUUCAUUUUUCUUUUAAUAACUUGUUCUCCCUUGGAUGAUGUUACAAGAGAGCCCCAUUGAAUUAUAGACUAAACCAAGAAACAGGCACUAUUCUUCUCAUAACAGCCCUCCAGAAGGUAACAUGUACUGGUUACUUCUUGUUAUUCUCUAAUCUAUUGUCAAUUCUGUUUGUACUUACCCUAGUUUUGCAGGUACGUUCAAGCUGUAAAUUGCUUUCCAGUUGAUGCACUUACCUGUGCUGAUCAGUUCCAUCCUUGUAUUUGCCAUAGUCCCAUAGCACAAGGGAGAAGCAACUUUACAGAAACUCUGUGAAGUGCACAAAUCACAGGUAUGACCUUCACUGGGUGAAAACAAGCAAUUUAAAUUUAUGAAAGUAACAUUGCAAAUAUACAAGAAUACAUCAAAAUAUACUGUGAGUGAGAAAGUAAAUCCUAAGGAUGUCAUCUUUUGUAGUCUGAGAAGUGCAUUUUUUUUCUUUUUUUCUUUUUUGAAUAGGGAGUCAUUAAAAUAGAGACAGCUUUUAAAGUUAGAUUUUAAAAAAUGUAUUCUACCAUAUACUGCAUCUAAAAGAAAAUAUGUUUUUGAAGAAAAAAAAAUGUACCUAAAGAAAUAUUUUUUACUUAAUCUUUGAAUUGCUAACUUGGGGCAAUGCUUAUAAAUAGCUAACUGUUCGGAAGUUUUAACCUUCCAAAUGGAUCAUGUUGAAUAUGCUGAACCUAUCAAAUCACAUCUGGUGAUAUGUUUAUGCCGUAGCUGCUGAAUUUGAAUGACUGGAUGUCUGUAGAGGUUUUCUUGACAAAACUAAGAUCAAAAUCUUUGUUUGACACAGCAGCAGAGCUUUACCGUGUCUCUGCUCAAAACUCCUUUCAAUCUCCAAGCUGACAGCUCUGACAUGACCGGCAUGUCUAUUACAGAUUUGGAUACCCAGUGGUGUAACUCAAGGUGCAGUGUUUUGUUACAAAUUUGAACACGGGAGCUUUGUGAUUUAAGAGAUUGAAAACCCAAACCACAGGACCAAAUGCACGGUACAUAUUUAAUAGAUUGCAACAUGCACGUCUGUCUUUCUAUUUGGCAGCAGCUAGUUACAGCACACACCCCCCCCCCCACACCUUACUCUUUUUUAAAACAGAUUUUAGUCUGGAAGAAAUACUUUUUUUUCACCGAUUGCAUGGUUUAUACUGUAUGUUUGAAUCAGUUUGGAGAAUUCUCUGCUGAUGUUGGUCGGUUGAAAUCAUGUUUCUUCAAUGGAACGGAUGAGUUUGGACUCUAGAGACUGGACUACAGGUGGUAAUGAGAUGGUAUUGCACUACGUGCGCAAGUGUGAGUCAUCUCUGGAAAAGGAACGUGGCCUUGAGGUAUUGCAUCAGCAAAAGUGGUGCAAUAAACAAGCCCUAAUCCCCAAAGUAAUAUAGCUGAUAUGAAUCCACCUGAAGGAAACCCGCAUAGUGUGAUGACCCUCUUCUGUUAUGUUUUCAUGGGUAAUAAGUUUGUAUAUUUGAUGAAAUACAGUCGGCUUCACCAAAUCGGGAUUUCUGCUUAAAUGGGAUACAACUCUGGGAGUCGGUUCAUCUCAAUUCUAUUUAUGUCGUUUAAUUGGGCCGUCACUUCAUUUAAUUGGGAUACAGAAUUUUCAAAUGAUGAACGGAGAUCGCUUUUCAAAGCAAGACAGGUUAGCAUAGCACCGUGCAGUGAGUCUGUGAGUAUGUGAUUACGCUGUGACUUGCGUAAAUUGCAUAGACCACAUUGAACUCUUGAAGGAGCUGCUGGAGUCUCCUGUGGUUUCUCAGGGUGCUGUUGCAAAGACAGUUGGUGUGUCAACAUCGCAGGUGUUUUGUCUUGUGAUAAGAUGUGAUUUCAUUCUUUUUUACUUCAUGUACAAAUAAAAAAAACAGCUAUUCAAUUUAUUUAGGAAUAAAAAACACUAUUGAUGUA